AUGGCUAAUCGUUCGUCUCCGCCACCAGCUUUCACGGUUUGUUGGUGUUUUCAAAAAUAUUUAACUUUUUCUUCAUUUUCAGUAGUAUUAUCAUGCUUUGCUAGGCUUAAAUCUUUGAAUCCUUGGGAAAAGUUUUGACAAUUUUCUCUGAGACUUUUUCUAUUGCUAUGAAGUUCUCUUCUUCUCUUUCUCUAACCAAAAUAAAUUUUUUCAGCUUCAACCUUUUAACUUUUCGAAGCUGUUCAGUAGCACAAGAGUUCAUUUUUCGUUCAGGUCUUUAUAAAACAAUGGUAACCCUAUGCUUCGUCAAGCCGAAGAAAAAAAACUUUACAACUUAUAAAGUUGUUUUUAAGUGAUUUGAAGGCAUAUAGAUGAUUUUUAAAAUCGAGCCUCAAUAUUCAUGAAAAAUCAGGCUUAUUAAAAAAUUCAUCAAGGUGUUGAGAAAACCUCUGACAACAUUUUUUUCUCGACUUCUCCAAGACCUUUCCUAAUAUUUUUUUAAAAAUCAACCCUGUUUUCUUUAAAAUUCUUACCAAAUCUCCAAGAUUCUUGUUGUUUUGACAACAACCGACACUUUUCCCAUCUACAAUUGGCCUGUUAAGAGCCGCCGCGCAACUUUUCGAGGGCUUUUUGAGCAAACAACUAGGUCUAACAUUCCAUCUAAGGGCGUUCCUUUUGAGCUUUAUCUAAUCUUCUGUGGUUUGAGAUAACUUUGUGGGUUUUUCAAAAAAAUCUUGAAAACGGUUCAGGAGAUUGAAAAAAAUCUCUUUUAAAUAAAAUUUUGAGUAUUUUUCUAUUUCGAGCUACAAAAAGUUUAAAAAAACUCUAUCUAACCGAGGUCUUUUUGAGCUUCUUAUAGUUAUACAAAGUUAAAGAAAUUUUUUUGCGAUCUUCAAAAUUAGGAUGGGGGUGGUUUCUUGCAGUAGAAAACUCUAGACUAUUAUUAAUUUUAUUUAAACAUUCACGCUUCAAAUUCUACCUUAGGGUGUCCUUUUUGAGCUGUAUCUGAUCUUAGGAAGAUUGAAAAUGUUUUGUCGGAAGGUUUCGUAAUCUUAAAUUUUAUUGGAAAAGUACAAAAAAAUUGCGCUUUUUUUUUAGUUGAAUCGAACUUUCUCCCGACUAUUUGCUAUGAAAACUCUAAUUUUUUUCCUCCUAUUCCUCAUUUUCCCGAACCCAAGAAUCUCAAAAAUGCCACUGAUUCGGGUUGAUUUCAAUGGGAAGUGACUGUUGCGCGGAGAUCCCACCCGGUUCCAAAUUCAACAUUUCGCAAUUCAAACCCUUUUCAGCCCCUCCAAAAGCUUCCCCCUCCCAGAAACAACGACGAUAACUCAAAGAAAACGAGGUUGGACCAAUGGUCAGCGACAUAUGUUUCUGAGAGAAUCGCCCACAAAUUUAAUGCUUUUACGCUCUCUGAACAGCUUCUGCUUCUGCUAUUUUUCCAAAGGGUCACUUUGAAACUGAAUAUCUCGACAAUUUAUGACUAUAGUUUCUUUGGAACAACUGUUUUUUAAGCUUUCAGAAGCAUUGGAAACGUUGUGAUCAGCUUUUCACUUGUGCCUUUUUUUUGUGGCUCAAAUAUUGUGGGCAGAGACUUUAUUUUUUUUAGGAUAUGAUUUUUACCUGAUGAGUAAUUGUUUUUUUCAAUUUUUCUUUAAACCUCGACGCAUUUAUCGUUUAGAAACUUGUCAUAGUAAUUUUUUUCUUAAACUAUAUAUGAAAAAAAGUUUUUCCGCCUCCAGUCCUUCAUCUAUAACUCCAAAAGAAAAAUUCAGAUUGAAAAAAAAAUCUUUUUUAUUUAUUUUUUAUUUUUUCACUUAUCCUUGUAGACCAAAUAGCAACCGAGAUUCAGAAUCGAUUAAAAAAAAUUCAUUUUUCCCAAGAGAGCCUAAAAAAGCAGCUCCUAUUUUACAGUCACUAUUUUCAUUAAAUUAAAGAAAUUUUCGAUUUACCUGCAUCAGCAAGGUUUGCAUUUCCUUAAAAAAAGAAAAAAAAUUUUUUAAUGUAUGUAAAAAUGUUCAGCUUUUCAUGCCUACUUCUUGACCUUUCCAAGACUUUCCAACGGCAAACUCUUAUUUUGGUCAAAGUCCUUAUUUCUAUAGUCCAAACACAAAAAUGGACGCCAUUCUGCGAAAACAAACAGUUCAGAGAACCAACAACAUGUUUGGCAAAAGAAAAAACGGAAAAAUUUCGAAAUCGAGACUAUUUUUCACCGAAAAAAAAGACAUUUGUCGCCAUUGAAGAAAGAUGGCGCGUGGCCGAUUGCGAACGGCCCAAUUCAGUUGGAAUUUCGCCUAAUUUUUCCAUUUUUUUGGUUUCUUUGAACUUGCUGCAGUCUUUUUUGGUCUUCAUGAUAAAUAAAGAGAAAUCUCUUCAAAAUAUUUGCUAUUUUCCGAUUUUUUCUUAAGGCCUUUUUUGAUCUAAAUGAUUCAGAAGUUCCUUGAGAAAAGAUAUUUCCGUCGAAAAUCUUCUGAAAGAAUUUUCUAGCUAAAAUCACGCGAAAAAUCUGCCUAGAAUGUUUCCUAUUUCUUGUUUUCCCAUCGUUUGACGAUUGACACUAAAAUAUGUACAUGAAAUAUGUCCCGCAACUGAUCUUUCAGCGUAAGAGGACACAUUUUCAGCUUUCUCCUUUCGCGAUUUGAAUAUUUUCACCUGCUUUUUCUUCGAAGCAGCUGUCUCAAUGGUUGAAGUUUGAAAAAAAUCUGAAUUUUCAGCUUUUCCCUCGAAUCCGGCACCAUAAUUUUAUUUUUUUUAUUUAAAGUGAGAACGUUUAGAUAAUUUUUUAAUUUGAAAAUGAAAGAAAAAGAAAAAGCAAAAAAAAAUCUUUUUUUUAUUGACACUGUCAAUGGCGCGCACUUAUGCCGGGGUUCACUUUUUUUCCUUUUUUUCCAUUUUUUUAUCUUUUUGCCACUUUCUUCUUUCAUUUUUAUCUAAUCUAAUAAUGGUUAUAUAUUGUUCAAAACAAACUGAUUUCCCAAUCGGAAAUUUCGUCAUCCUUACACCCCGCGCCAGCUCAUCGCUUUUUUUUGUUGCACUCUGCAAAAAACAAGAACAAAAAAAGAACAGAAUAGAUCCCUUGGCAGUGCGUGGGUCCAGUGUCGGUUUGUUACAACCAAUUUCGCUCCUCUUUUUCUCGACGUCUCCCUCCGAGCCGAUGGAAAUUGAAGAGCCACUGCCCUUCUCCUGUUGUUGUUGUUUUUUCGGUUUCUUUUGUCGAUUUUCUUGGAUUUCGUGUCAGUUUUUUUUUCCGAAAAUCGAUCAUUUUGAGUCAUAACAGAGUUUUUUUUUUUUAAUUUUGAAGAUUUUAACAAAGAAAGCCAAAAAAUGUUUGUUUGGAUUUUUCCUUUUUAUUUUUUUAGCGUCAUUUUUUGAGUUUCCUCGAGCUGAUUUGCAUAAAAAUUGAUCAGACUACUCUAAUGUAUAGCUGAAAAACGGUAGCUUUUCAACAUUCGAAAAAUUAAGAAUUUUCUGACCCAAUUUGUUGAAAAUUUAAGAGCUAUUGCCCUUCUUGUGUUGUUGUUUUUUGGUUUUUCCUUGAUUUUCCAGAAUUUAAAGUUAAUUUCUCUCAUAAAUAUAAAAUUUUGAGACAUCGAGAAAGUUUUUCAAUGUUCUAAACACUGGAAAGAUCCAUUUCAAACAUUGAAAACAAAGAUAAAUAUCUUAAAAAACCAAAUUUCUCCUUUUUUUUUGCAAGAUAAGUCAUGGAAAAGCGUUUUCAGUCUUUUUAAAAAUUUCAACUUGACCGGUUGAUAAAUAAAAUCAGCAACAAACUCGAACGAAAGACAGGUUUCUCCUAAAAAUUCUCGAAACUGCCACUUUAUCUCCCAUAUAAUUUUAAAACCGGCACUCUUAUCAGUCGUCUCGGUUUUCUGCUCUUUGGCCCAGCUACCUCUUUAUUUUCCGUUUCGAAAAUAGACGUUGAUUGAUAGAUUUUUCCCAUUGAACUGUGGUCGGAAAUCGUCGAGCUGACUCACCGUUCGCGCUUUUUCAAAGAUAUUUUUUUCUCACCUUUCGACUUUUUUUGCUUCAUUCUAGUAUACAAAAAAUAUUUGCGGAAGUUUACAGAGGCCCUAUUUUUGCAUAAUUUGAAAAAAAAAACAAAAUAUGACUCCAACUACUCUUGCCCAUGAACCAUUAAAAGCCCAAGUUUCAAUAAUUUUUCUUCAAAUCGAGGAAUAUUGCCUUCCAUGGGAACCACGUUCGAAAAACCAGAACCGAAUCGAAUUAGGAGGCUUCUCGUUUUUGCUCAUAUCUCUGCCUCUCUCGUUCCGACGCUCAAAAUUGAAUUGAAACUGGUCAAUUUGUCUUUUUUCUUUCACUUAUCUUCUUCUCCCGGCUUUUCGCCCUUUUCGGCCAUUUUUUUUUCGGAGAGAUCAGUGUUCGGGUGUCUACUUUUUCUGUUGGUAUCUUCCAUUUUUUAUUUGCGUUUUGCAUUUUUUGACUUUUUUUUUGCUGAGCUGCUCAAAUGAACUUUGAUGAAUUUCUUGACCUCAAGAGUCGUUUUUUAUUAUUUUUUUGGUUUUAUAAAACUUCUGCGAUUUUAAAAAACCGAGAAAGGAGCUUUGAACAAGAAAUAUAGAUUUAAAUUCAAAAAAAGGUUUUUUUCAGCUCUCCCAGGACGACAGCACAAUGGAGUCGGAGCAUGUGCUGGACGAAUUGAGCAAAGCAAAUCAUUGAUGACGUCAUUCCGGCGGCUCAGAAAAACUUUGGUCAGUUGAAAAAAAUAGUUUAAAAAAAUUUCAUUUAGAAAAAAAUAGUGAUAAUUAUUAGGAAUGCAACUUUUCAGUGAAUUAAAAAAAUAGCUAGAAAAAAAGUUUUUAACAAAUCUUCAAAUAACACUUUUUUUCAAUCCUGAAAUGCUGUAAAAACUAAGGAACUUCAGCAGCGUUGUAAAAAAAAGCCGGAAAAUAGAAAGAAAUGUAGGUUUCCUUUAAUAAAAUUGUUCAGAAAGGGAUAAUCAACAAUAUUCGAAAUAAUUUUAUGUUAUUUUCAAAUUUUUGGUAAGUCUUGAAGCGAUGAAAAAUUGAUUUUAAAAACGGUUAGAAGAUUUUUGAAACAUUUUUUUAUGAAAAUUAGUAAAAAUGGAGGUUUUUUUCGAUUAUCAAUGAUAUGCUUUCAUGAGAAAAUUCGAAAAAAGCCGUUUUUGGUCAAUUUGUUCUGAAAAAAAGUCAAGUUGAAAGUUUUUUUGUUGGCAGUGAUCGUUAUUAACAAAAUGAAUGAACUUUUGCAUUUUAAUUUUAAUUUUUAGCAACUGCUCAAAAUUGAAAUUUCAGGACGAGAUCGCCGAAGCCACAAAGGCCCGUGUUCUCGACACUUUUUGAGCCAAAGGAGGUGGAUUUUUUUAUUCGAAUUUCUUUUUUUGAAGGGGAGUUCUAUAGAUUUUUGAUGCUUUUUUUCAAACACACUGAAAAAUUUAAAUAUGUUCAAUAAUUGAAUAUAUUUUUUUAUGUUGAUUUUGAAUUUUGAAUAAAGUCGAACUUCCAUGACAGACCACUCCGAAACAUGUGACUCCGCCGCCUUCCCCCUCAAACGAGCUAGAAACCGACGAGCAGGUCUCGGAGCCGAUCCGUGAAGGUUCUGAAGAUGCUCCAGUUCUUCCGGACGUCGUCAAGGAGCACGACGACGUCGACGAGGAGCUCUUCGUCAAGCAGACCGUCACGCCAAGCUUGGUGGGUUUCUGGGGGAAAACUGCCAGAUUCAUUUCAAAUCGGAGAACUCUUAUGUCUUAGGAUUCGGAGAGUGGUCACUAUAGGGCAACCUUUUGGGCCCUUGAAGGGUCCUCUCUAAGAACCAUUUUACCAGCCCCCAUAGGAGCCACUUUUUAGUGGACAUGCUGGUCGAUAACUGUUAUAAACUAUUUACGAAAAACAAAAUAAUUAAGUUUUUGAUUGAAGUUGGAAGAUCCCUAUAGGGACCACUUGAGCUUUAGGGGCUGAGGACCCAGACCCUAAACCCCUAUAAGGACCGCCUUAAUUUCACCCCUAUAGGGUCCACUUUUUCGGCCGCUGUAGGAGCUAUUUGUUCCCCUAAACCCUGUAGGGACUACUUGAGCUUUAGGGACCAAGGAGCCAGACCCUAAACCCCUAUAGGGACCAACUUAAUUUUACCCCUAUAGAGUCCACUUUUUCGGCUCCUGUAGGGCUGUUUACCCCUCUAACCCCUAUAGUGACCACUCUGGAAUUACUAAGUAGGACGACUUUUUGCGCCAAGCCUUUUGUUAGCCAUCAGUAGGAAAUUCAACAAAGAGUAUUGAUUAUAAGAAAUUUCGUAGGCAAACAAUGACCGACUAAAAUGAAUCCAAUCAAUUUCUAACGGAACUCCCUUCGGUCCGCCAGUUUACAAUUAUUCCGAGUGGUAUUGGAAAGUGGUUCUGGAGGGUAAUAGCCACUUCGAAUCCUCAUCAUCUGUAUAUAAUUGCGGCCACGGAACGCUGGGCAUCUGGAUCGCUUUCACAGCCCCGCUCUUUUGCACUUUUUCGCUCCCCGGCCCCCGUUCCCACUUCUUUUCAGCCUUUUUUUCUGAUCUAUAUCUGGAAAAGUUAGAUUUUGAGCUCUUUUUUUUAUUUCCUUGAGUUCAAACUCAACCGAAAGAAAGGUAAAUCAAUUAAAAUGAUACAAUGAGCCCUAGUUAACUCGAGAAUUCUAGCUUUUUAUUCAAUCUGAUCAUGAAAAAAAUCAAGUUUUUUUCCCUUAUUUUUAAUAUUUCAGGCGAUUAGAACCGUGAAUUCAGUGAGCUAUAGUUAAUCCAAGAGUUCUCGACCUUUCCUAUUUUAUAUUAAAAAUUUGAUUUUGAGCCCUUUUUUCAUUUUUCUUUUCUUUGAACCCGUAAUCGGCCGAAACCUCGAAAAAUUUAUUUCUUUUCUGAAACUAUGUAAUAAAAUCGUUCAAAAUAAGCAUUAUGAAAUAAAGUAUGAAAGUCAAUAAAAAAAUAAUUUUUUUUUGGGAGUACGGUGCCUGAUAGUGUAGUGCACGAUUUUGACAACAUGCAUUAUAUUUUACGACUUUUAUUUUUAUUUUACUUUUUUCUACUUUUUUUUAAUGACUGAUCGAAGAUUCCGUUUUUUUUUUCUUCAUAAAAACGUGAGUUACAGAAAUUUGUCGCAUUUUUGAAAUUUAAUUUCCUUUUUCCAAUAAAGUUCGUCUGAAUUUUUAACACAAAAUCCAAAAAAAUAUUUUUCCUUUUUUUGUUUCGUGUAGAGGAGUUUGUUGUUUUUUUCAAGGAAACAACCUUUUUUUCUGAAUUAUUUUUCUUAUUUUUUUGUCCUCGAAAAACUCGUAAGACUUUUUUUUUUUUUUGUUAGCGCCAUCCCUACCCAUUUCAAAAAAACCAAUUAUCACGGGCCAUUAAGGAAUCGGGAUCGAAAAGAAAAAGGAAAAACAUUAGAACGUCUUCCGGUUGGGAAAGAAAGGUUUCUUUUAUUCUUGAGAGAAAACGAAUUUUUUUCAAUACCUGAUCAGAACUAUAAAGUGAGCCCGAAAGUUACUGUUUGAUCUUUUUGGCGCGAUUUUUUUUUUGAUCAAACAGCAGGAAUAAUCCACUUACGUCAGUUUAUUUUUUUUAUUCUUCGUGACGUUUCCAAUUGUUUCAAUGGUUCAAAUUUUUACUUUAAAAUAUAAAAUGAUAAAAACGCCCGUUAUAAAUAGCUCAACAUUUCGUUUUAUGUUGCCGCUUAGCGUUGGAAUCGUUUCGAAAACAUUUUCCAUCCUUUUUUCGUUUUUCGAUGAUUAAAAAAUGUAUAGUUCGUUUUUGGAAUAACUUUAGCUCGUCUAGAAAAAAACUUGAAAAAAAGAAGUUGUGAUUUAAAAAUUUAUAGUUUUUCCCAUUUUAAUUGGAAUGACUAGUUUUAUUAUUAUUUUUUUGUUCGGUUAAAAAAAUUCAUAAAUACGUUUAGAUUCUACUUUCGAUUGAAAAAAAUUGAAAUGAAUAAUUAUUUUUUUCCUGAAGUUUUUCGUAAAGUGAGCGAAUCUUAAAAGCGUUAUUUUCUCUUCAGUUUCAGUUUUAAUUCAAUCUUCUCCAAUUUAAGCUGAUUCCAUUUGCAGCCUUUUGUUACCAAUUUUCUCAUUUCCCAGAGCUAUUAUUCUCGUUUUUUUCUUGCUCCAAUUUAUGUGGAACGCUUGGAAAUAGCUCGAAAAGCCAUUGGGAAAUGAAAAGUCGACUCAUUUUAAUCAAAUUAAAUCCUACUCGCUUUUUUGACGCUAUUUUUUCUAUUUCUGUACAUGGAAGCUACAAUUUUCUCUUAGAAGCGAUCUAGAAGUUUUCAAAACAGUUUUAAAAAAAGAAAAAAUUGUCUCGAAAUCUACUGAAAACUUUACAAAUUUGCAAGAAAGUCAUACUUUGUGUUUUAAAAAUUCCAUUUUCCAUUAAUUUCAGUCCAAAAAGAUCAAAAAAAGCAGCUGGAUACUACUAGAAUCUUCAAAAAAAAAUUUUUUUUUUUUUUGCAAUUUUGGGAUCAUCUUGGGUUGAUUUUGAACGAAUUUAAUAUCUUUCUCACUUUUUGUUGCGAAAUCGCUCUAUUUCCCUCGAAAUUAGCUUCAUUUACCAUUCUGGAACGUUGGAAAACAGCUCAAAAGGCCAUUAGAAAUGAGGAGUCCGAGCUCCUUUUUUGACCCUCUAGGGGAUAUAUUUUCCCUAUUUUUUUCCUUGGACGACGCGUCGCCCUUGCUUGAACUGAGCGCAUUCGUUUUAGAAAAAAAUAACAAGAGUUAUACUUUUUGGUCUGCAAGAAGUGCGUGUUUCAUGCAUCUCUGAACGUGUUUCUUCCACAUUAUUCAUGCACCCGCGCGACUUGAUACAUAUUUCGCUUCCCGAAUAUCUUGGCCUGACUUUUGGUUUCGUGUCGAAAAAGAAAAAAAUUUUGAUCCUAGAAUAUCUUAGCUUUUGCUUGAAGCUUUGAGUUUAGCGAAAUAAUGUUCUCUUCACAUUUUAGUGAUAAAGAAGAGGAGAACAGUGUUCUCAGAUUUUUCCUGAAGCUUCGAAAUUUGGAAAGUUCUCCUCAUACUGGACUUUUGGUAGUUUAAGUGAAAAAAACUGAAAAAAGUAGAUUCUCAACAUUUCUUCCGAUUCCGCUUGGAAAUUUAGUAAAAUAAUUGUAAUUUCCUGUUUUAAACAUUGUUAUUUUUUCAAAGCUGACGAAAUUUAGAAGUAUAGGAUAGUCUAAAUGAACACUAAAUAAUGACUUCACCCCUUGAGACCUUUAUGAAAGCUUCCUAUGGCCUUUCAGUAUCCAGUCAAAUAGUUUCAGAACAGACUUAAAUUCUAAUUUUUCCAGAGAUUGAUAAAAAUUCAAUCUUUAGAUUUUUGAACAAAAAUAUACCAAGUUUUUUCAAUUCAACCCAGUUAAUUUGAAGCUUCAGAUUUUUAUUUAUUUGUUCACAGAACCGAAAAAAAUAUAAUUUUUAUUCAAUUUCUACGGGUGUUAUCAUUAUAAUAUAUAAUUUAUUUUUCUCUGAAAUUUUUCUCUGUGUAUCAGUGAUAUGAACUUGCUGAAAAUUCCACGGAUUCUGUUAGAUAUCAUAACGAAAAUGAGUGAAAAUAAAAAAAGUUGAAAAUGUGUUUCUAAUAGAUCUUACACAAUAAAAAAAUAUGUAAUUCAAGUUUCGGUGUUUUUUUGAAAUUGUCUUGAACUUGCUUGCUUUUUCUAGUAGUAAUCUUAUUGAUUCACCGUUAUGGGGAAGCUGAAAAAAACUUUCGAGACUAGAUUUUUCCAAUUUUAUCAAGGUCAUGUUUUUUUGGUCUAGAAUAAAAAUCAAUUUCGAAUGAACUUUUUGAAAACUACUACAGACAUAGUUUUUUUUUGAAUCAUCUUCCAAUGAAUAGAAUGUUUUCGAAGAUAUUUAUUAAAAUUUCCAACCUGUAUUAAAGUUCAAAGUACUCACCUUUCCCCUUUGCGUUCUUUGCUGUUUUUUGUUUUUCCUCGAAGCUGUUUUCACUCUAAAAGUUUAUUUUCUUUCUCUCUCGCCGACUCCAAGAACAUUUCGUUCCGUUCUGAUGGCUUUCUUUUUAUUCGCCUCGUAAAAUUUCUCACUUUCCGGUGGCUUUUUCGUAAAUUAUUCAGUAGUUUCUCUCCAAUUGUUAGGGCUAAGAGGGGGGUCCAUGGUAUUUUAUUGGUUUCGGAGAGCCAUUUUUAAUCAAGUUUCUUUUUUCUUUUUGAAGAUAAUUGAAGAUUGAGCGAAUUUUUGGAGGUUCUGAGAAACUUUUUUUUUUCUUCGGCCACAGUUCAUAGGAUCAUUGAAAUUUUGACUUCGGGGAGAUUUUCUCUUUAAGAAAUGGCCUUUUCAAAGGCCUGGGUUCUUUUUUUUUUCUCUUUUUUCUUUCUUUUUCUCUAGUCAGAAGCUUGAGACUUCAGUAAAUUAUUGAAAAUCUUUAAAUGAUAUGGAAGUUUCAUAAAGAACUUGACAGAAAAUUGAUGAAAUCUUUUUCAGAAAAAAAGCAAGCAAAAUCAACAGAAAAUUUCAAAUUUCAUGCCUUUCAAAACAACGAAUAAAUCCAAAAUAUAGUAUUUUUUUCUCGCUCUUUGGUUGUUUACUGGGCCCUCCAGGCGGUUUCAUCAAAUUCAUGCAUUAUGCAAAUCCCGGGCACUUUUGACGUUUUCCAACCGACCGAAAUUUCCAUUUUUCCCAGUUUAUACAUCGAUAUCGACGUUAUUUCUGAUUUUAAAAAGGUUUUUAUAAUUUUCUUUCAGACCGAAGAGAUCAAGGAAGCUUCUUCGGACGAGGAAAUGAGCGUCGAGGUAAAAUAUUUUGACUAAUAGAAGAGAAAACAUUCACAGUAGUAUUGUACGCAGUGCACAUCGUGUGCACUGCGUACAACACAUUUUAUUUUCCGCAGUUCCCGUGUUUCUGACUGAUAAAUCGACCUAUUUUUCAGCUUUUUUUUGUAAUCAGGCUGCAAAAAAGCAAUUUCAGACCAAAGAAAACGCACCUACCUUGGAAACUACGACGGUGGAAACGAAAGCUUUUGAAACUUUCACCACUGACGAGCCUCUCAAGGAUGAAAAAACUGUCGUGGUGGGUUUUUUAAAAUGUAUUUGGAACCAAUAUUUGCUAGGGAUUCAUUUUUUUGUAGGAUUUCAUUACUACUUUGAAACUUUCGGUAAAUCUUUUUCUUAAUCUUUUUGUUGAAUCCUUAAAAAAAUCGUUUGAAAUGUCUUCUUCAAAAUAAUUGCAAACUCCGAUUUCUCAGUUGUUAAUGAAUGACUUACUCAUUAGAAUCAAGCCAAAUUCACCUUUUUCCAGACCGAAUUCAUCCCUGAAACGGGGGCCGUUCAAACGACGGUCAUUGAAACUCACGUCGAGCCGGUCGAGGAACAUCACGAGGGACUUUUGGUACGUUUUAUGAGUUUUAAAUGAUAGUGGAAUUUGACAAGCAAAGUUACCAAGGUGAACAUCGCAGAUCUGGCCCAAAAUUUCGUGGGAGGUAGUCCUAAGUGAAAUUACUCAAAAACAGAAAGACUUAUCUGCUUAGCGCCAUAGGGUACUGAGAAAUAACCCGUCGAGAAUUUAAGGAAAAAAAAAAGCUUCAAAACUGAUUUUCGCCGGUUUUUCUGUUUCUAAAACGUCUACUCUUUCUCACUAUAUCCUCGUGCAAAGUCGGAAUGAUGGAUAAUAGCCGCUAGAGAGAGGCUCAAAAAAAAGGCUGCAGAAAGGCAGCUAAAAGGGAGCAAAGAGGCAACAAAAAGGCAACAACAAGAGCCCAUUUGUCGAGCCUUCCAUUCUUUCUACCAUUUUAAAGGCUCAAGAAUUGUUGGAAAAAGGCAAAGGCAGCAAAAUGGUGCAAAAGGGCUGAGAAAAUGGCGCAAAAAGGCAGCAAAAAAGAAAAAUUUCUAUGGAUGUUUUUUUUCGUUGCAUAGAAAAAAAAAAUCAAGUUUCAUAGAUGUUUUUGGGGAAAGUUUAAUUUUUUUUUUCAGGACCAAGCCAAAGCAAUCACUGCCGACAUCAAGCACGAUGUCCAGGAUCUGGCUCAUGACAUUAGCAGCAAGUUUGAGCAUGAGGAGGUUUUCAGAAUAAUUUUUCUCGAACUAAAUUCAUUUUUCAGGAGCCCGUCGCCGUGAAAGUCGACCAUGUCGCUGAAGAAACUCCGGGUGUUUUUGAAAAAGCUGGAGACAAAGUUGAAGAGGUGGAUAAUGGAGAAUUUUUUGAGAAGUUUUUCAAAGUCCAGGAAAUUUUGUGAGAAGUAUAGUUGUUCUUAACGGAAAGAAGUUUGGUCAGACUUUGAAAAAAAACUUUUUUGAAAAAAUCAAAGCAGAUUUUUUCGAUGUAAAAACUAAGCUUAAAGAUUCAGAGCUUCGUUUUUAUUUCGCAAAAAUUUCUUAAUUUUUCCUUUGAUUUUUUUAAGCUUUCUAUUUUUUUCUAAUUUUAUUUUAAGAGCUAGGGCCUUGUUAACCCAAAUUAGACGCGCCAGAGAUGUUUCUGAGAAUUUUGAAUUUUGAUCACUAAUGGGUUUGGAGGCUGCUCAAGGGAUCACUAAAAAUGUCCGGUUUGCGUUUCCGAAGGCCGGGCAGUUGUGCCUAGAAACCUUCCGGUCAUUGAACUUCAUAAUUUUUGUUUUCGAUUUUUGAGACGAUUGUAAAGUUUUUAAUAUAACAGGGCCGUUUGAAAAAUGACCGAGAAGUGGUUUUUUUACCCUUUUUCUAAUGAAAAACCAAAAUUUUUUUCCUAGGUUGUCGAAGACGUCGCCACGACGAUCCAGAGGAAGGCCAGCGAUGCUCAGGAUAAAUUUGUCGAGCUCAAAGAAAAAGCCUCGGAAAAAGUGAUUCCCGGAAGAUUUUCAACAGAAAUGAUAAUUUUUGCAGCUUUCGGACCUCGGCGACAAGAUCAGCGAAAAGUACGACGAUGCCAAAAAGUUCGUCGAGGAGAAGGUCGAUGAUUUCACCGAGAAAAAGGUAGAAGAAGCUCCAAGUUUUAAAAAAAUACAGAGCUUUCCUCAGACUUAUAUUUAUUAUUUUUCGAGGGCAAACCGCGGAAAAAGUAGUGUAUUUUUAAAAAGUAUUGAUGCUCGUUACAGUAAGAAUGGCCAUGUAUUGAAAAAGAAAAAAAACGAACAAGAACAGAUUUUUCUAAAAAGUAUGACGAUGAUUUCAGAAUUUCAUAUAAGAAAUGGUUUUUUUUCGUGUUUUUGGUUUCAUACUAAAUUUUUUUCUGAACGUUUUUGAAAUAUUAAGUUGUUCAGGUCCGUUUCAUCCGUUUCAGGAAACAAUUUGAUCAGGAAAAAAAGUUAAAUAUCCGGGUUUGGCUAUUUUCUAAGUUGAUGCGCUUUUUUUUGCCAUUUUUUAGAAUUUUUCGGUACUUAAAGUUUGUUUAAUCAUUUUCGGAUGUUAAAGAGUUACACGAGAAACAAAUUCUGUCUUAUAACUCUGGAAUUUUAGUAAAAUAUUGAAGAAAAUAACUUAAGGAAGAAGUGAAGCACGACGCAACGGAGAAGCUUCACGAUUGGCAGGACAAGGCCGAGGAAUUGGUUGGAGAAAAAUUAAAUUUCCACGAGAAGAUUUGAAUUUCAGUACAAUGAUGCUCAUGACGCGGCUGUCGAGAAGAAGCAGGAAGUUACCGAGAAAAUCCACGAUUGGAAUGACAAGGCCGAGGAGUUGGGCCAGGAUGCCCAGAAGAAGGCCGAGGACUUGGUUAGUGGGCAAAAAAUUAUUGAGAACGGGUCCGAGCUUUAGGAAACCUCUAUGUACACUCAUAGGCGAAAUCGGAAGGGUGGAAAAAGGCUUCAUAGAAAUGUUCAUUUUAGGGUGUGAAAGGGUCAUUUUUCGCUGCCUUUUUGCGCCAUUUCAUCGGCUCUUAUGCACCAUUUUUGCAGCCUCUCUCUUUUUCCACCAUUCCUUGAGCACUAGAAAAAAUGAAAGGCUCGAUAAAGGGACUCUUUUUGUUGCCUUUCUGCGGCCUUUUUUGAGCCUCUUCCUUUUAGCGACCAUUUUCCACUAUUCCGACUCUGCCAGAGCUAGACCGCUAUGAUUUAAGAGGAGUAACAAUAUUCAACCUUUUCGCCGAGUUUUGGCGUCUCAAAAAACUGUAAAACUCUUUUUUUUUUUUCACGGCGAGAAAGGUCAAAUUUAGAUUUAACCCCGAAAAAAGGAUUUUUCAUGAUUUUCCUUGCAUCAAGCAGAGAAAACUUCUCCAGAGAAAACUUCUGCGAAAUUUUCAUCCAUUUAUCGAUCUGUUACUUUUUUUAAAACUCCAGUUAGUAUCUAAAAAUAAUGUAAAUUUGUUUAAUUUUUUUAAGGAUAUUUAAUAAAAAUAAAAAAAAGAAGCACGAAGUUACCCGAAAAAUCCAUGAUUUUGAUGAUAAGGCCGAGAGAUUGAGCCAAGAUGCUUAGAAAAAGGUUGAGAACGGUAGGAUAAUUGCUAAGCCAAUGAAAAAUCAGUCGGUAACUCAUAAAGUAUAUUGGUUCCUAAAAUUGAAAUUUCAGUACGAUCAAGCCCAUGACGCUGCCGUCGAGAAGAAACACGAGGUCACGGAAAAAAUCCAUGACUGGCAGGACAAGGCUGAGGAAGUCAGCCAGGAGGCCGAGAACAAGGCUGAUGACUUGGUGAGAGCGGGAAGAAAAUUCAUUCAAUUAUUUGGGAUCGGGAAAACUUCUUUAUAACAUUAUAAAGUAUUACAAUUUCUUAUAGACCUUGGAAAAUAAUGAAUAAUCUUUUCUGGAAAAUUUUCUUAGAUUUUCCACCAUUUUCAAAGAUUUCUUUAGUGGAUACCUAUCACAAGAUAACUUAACGGCUUGGUUGUUUUAUAUUCACCUUUCAAGAAACUUUAAUUUCCAAAAAAAAACCGAAAAAAUAAUAACUUUCCCAGUACGACCAAGCCCACGACGCCGUCAUUGAGAAGAAAAUCGAAGUGACCGAAAAACUUCAUGAUUGGAACGAUAAGGCCCAUGAGAUCAGCGAGAACGCCCAGAAGAAGGCUGAGGACUUGGUUUGGACCGGAAUGAAUUUGGAAAGAAAGAACUUAUUUCCAGUACGACGAGGCUCAUGAUGCGGCUGUGGAGAAGAAGCAUGACUUUGACGCCAAGGCCCAUGAAAUCGCCGAUGAGGCUGAUAUCAAGGCGGCUCAGGUUAGGAGAAAAAAAAGAAAUUUAUUUUCACCUCACAUGUUGAACUUUCGUUGUAAUUUGACUUAAAUGUACUUUAAGAUCUCCUUACUUAAGAAAAAUAUAUUUCUCGUAAUAAGCAUUAUUUUCAAGGUUUUGAAAUUCGGAAAAUAACCGAAAAAUGAAGAAAAAAUCUCCUUGGAUAUCAUGUUUCCUUAAAAUGAAUCUUGCACCCCCCGAUUUAAGAAAAUAACUUUCACGCAGACUUUUAUUUUCAAGUUAAAAAACAUUAAAUCUUGAGAAAUUAACAAAAAGUAAAUGGAAAAUCUUCUUGAAACUGAAUUUUUCCAAAAAAAUCUGCUAAAGUGAUCCCUUGGCCCUUCUGAUUUAAAGAAAAAAAAAGAAGAAAAAAACCUUGUAAUAAAUUUUUUUAUCUCAAGUUUUGAGCUCAUCAAUCGGAACCAUAACAAAAAUAAAGAAAAUAAAACGAAACUGAUUUUUUUUUCUCGAGAAACUCUGCUAACCAAGGAUCUCCUUGAAAAAAAAAUUCACGCAAAAUAUUUAUUUCCGAGGUGUAAAGCUUCGAAAAAAAGUUUUUCUCCGUAGAAAAGAGUAUUUUUCAAACUUCAUCGUGUCAGAACUUGAAUUCAAAAAUUUAUUACGAAACAUUUUUUUCCUUUUUACUUUUUUUAUAUCAGGACUUUUUUUGAACUACACUGUAGCUAAGUUCGAUCAAAAGUUCAACCGAUCAUAAGAAAUUCUUCUAGUCGGGAAAAAAUCAAAUUUUAUGAAUUUUCAGCUCGAGAGGAAACUUUCCGACGCCGCGGACGAAGCCGCCUUUAAAGUGGAUCAUUUCGCCGUUCAGGCCAAUGUGAGGAGUUCAAUUACUGGAAAAAAUUAAAACGAAACAAGGAGAAAACAUUGCCAAAACAAAUAUCAAAAUUUCGACUCACUAUGCUUGAAUCGCCCCCGACCCGAAACGAUUUCCGCGCGAUGCCAGAAGAAAUGAUUAUUUUCAUCCUUGUAGAAGAUUUUAACGGCAACGCGUCGUCUUUUCUCAACUGUUUGGACUUUUAUCAAACAUUCAAUGUUUUUCAACUUCUCCCAAUCAUCUUUUGAUUAGAUUGAUUUGAAAAUUUCUGAAAUUUGAACAAAACUCUUGAUGCGGUCCUGAGAAUUUUUUUUUUAAAUCAUACAUCGGCUGGAUCCUACCCCAGUUUUUUGCGCGCGAAAAAAAAAUUUGAAAAUGAACUGAAGUAGGCCGCACUUUUCGGAGGGUAUGCCGCACCCCAGGGUGGGAUCCAGCCAACGUAUGUUCAAAAUCUCAAAAUUACAGUUUUUAUUUUAUUCCUAAACUAUCGCAAGCUAUGGUACAACUGUCAGAAAUAAAAACGAAAUAAUUUUAUAGUAUUUUUGGAACAGGAAAAGGUUUUUAAGAACUUCUACAUUUUAUUGAUUCUUUUUUUUGGAUUUCUUUACUUUUUCGGGUCAGUUUCAGUAGAACUUUUUUUCAAAAUAAUUUAUUUUUACCAUGACUCCGUUUUUUGACGUAUCUUAUACGGUUGUCGCAUUGGAAAAGCUAUAAAAUCGCUUAGAAACGAAAUUUUCCCCUGUUUUAGAGCAACUUUGAACACUUUUUGAGUUUCGAUACGCGCUAGUUUUAGUGGUCACUUUGAGGUUUUAACGUUUUAGUGGGCACUAUAGUGAUCGAACUAGCAGCCAUUUCGAAAUGCGGUCUCCGUGAUACUAGUAGACCACUAAAAACUAUAUACGCAAAAUAGUAGCUUCUAUAGAGGUGAUUUAAGUGGCCACUUUAGUGGCCUUGUAGUUCUUGAGGAACCUCUUAGGGGGCCACUUUUUCCUAAUACUCCUUUGAUGACUUGGAAAAAUUAAAAUCUCUUUUUUUAUUCUCUUUUUGCUUUAAAAAAAACUGAUCUUUUCAAUCAAGGAAUUUUUGUAGUUGGGCAGUAUUCUGGUAUAUUUCCAAGAGCAAAGUAAUAAAAUAGCUAUUCACCGCUCGCUUGAGCCAUCGAAAAAAAGGUCCUGACACGAUAAGAAAAGAGACAGUGCCUGGUUGACGGAGAGCGCAGACAGGCCACGCCAUUUUCCGUCCCAAGCUAGCCAUGAAUCAGCUAUAACAUUUUUCUGAGCUCUAGUUCAGGAGAUUUUAUGGUUUCCUUUGAUCCAAUAAUGAAUUAUUUAUUGUUUCAGAAGCAAGCCGAAGAAGCUGUUGAGGUGGUUGACGAGAGGACCGACUCGCUGAAGGAAGGGGCCAGGAAGAGGCUGGACUCCCUGAGCGAGAAGGCCGAAGCCGUCGCCGAAGGGGCCCGCAAACGGCUCGACUCGUUCAAGCAGGCCUCGUUGGACGUCGCCGAGAAGAUCGCCGACAAGGCCGCUGACGCUGUAAGAAGAGAGGAAGAGGAAGCUUUGAAGAAAAAAUCCGAGAAAAAGAAUGGAUAAUUUUUAAGUUCGACCAUGAGAAAAAUCUGCCAAAAAGAUAACUCGGACCUUGGUAGACGAGCCCCGGACGUUUCGGAGCAGUUCUAGUGAUCCCUUUAGGGGCUUCAGCGUUUUCAAGUAACUGAUUGAAGUUUUUGUAAGGGGGAAUUUUGACUCAGUCUGAUUCAAGAACUCAAAAACAGAAAAAAAAAUUCUUUCAGUAAAUCUUCUAAUCAAUUUAUGACUCUCCUAAUCUUCUAGGACGCCAUUUUUUUCUAUUUUUCCCAAAUUCUCCGGUUUUCAAAGCUUCUGAAAAAUAUAUCUCUUGCGAAAAGCUUAUUUUAGGAUCUAGUUUCAGAGUAAAUUUCAAAUAAGUUUAUCAAAAAAAUCUAUCUUUCCUUGUGAGUUUGAGUAACGGAAAAAGUUGGAGUCAUCAAUUUUUUUGUUCGACUAGGUUGUCUAUGAAAAGUUUUUACCUCGUCAAAUUUUUUUAAACUUUAAAUUCCAAGAAAAAAAUCCCUACAAGUCAAGAAAAGACCCCACUAAUCCUGAAAAAAACGGAGAACCAUCGAAAAAAAUAUUUUUUUCAUUUAAAAUUUAUGACAAAAAAAACGCCUAAAUUGAGUGUUUUUCGUAGAGUUUUCACGUUUUUGUGGACUUUAUCUGUGAGUGAAAUGAGUUUUCAACUAAAGAAUCACAGAAAUCUCUGCAACGGUUGACUUACGUUUCAUGCGAAACUCAAAUAAUAGGUCUGAUAUAUUUUUCACUCGUCAUCUUUCUGUUAACGCAAAAGAGAAAAGUGAAAAAAAUAUGAUUUUCAAAGGGGCAUAGACUAAUUUCAUAAGGUUCUCGAAGCGAAAAAUUAAUUUUUGUAUCGUUUUUGGUCAUGGAAGACUUUUCAGAGUUUUACCGGUUUUUUGAAUAGAUUAUAAGCCUGAAAAUGGUGAGUGGGUUGAUUUUUUUAAGGUUAAUGUUAAAGGAGCAUAGACAAAUUUUUCAUAAGGGUUUCGAAGUGAAUAAUCGACUUUUUGUAUAAUUUUUGGUCAUGGAUGAGUCUUCAGAGGUUUACCGGUUUUUUGAAUAGAUUUUAAGCCUGGAAAUGGUAGAAAAGUUUGAUUUUUUCGAGGUUAUUUUUAAAAAUCAUGAACAAAUUUCAUAAAGGUCUCGAAGCGAAAAAUCGGUUUUUGUAUCAUUUUUGGUCAUUGAAGGUUUUUCAGAGUUUUAAUACUUCGAAACGACUCUUUGAAAAGCCUGAAAAUUGUAGAAAAGGGAUUUUUGCAGUUCCACGCGACGCAGGAGAAGGCUCAGGAGGCCCAGGCCGCCGUUUCUGAGAAGAUCCACGAAACAAAUGUCCGUAAUUUAUUCUGUCAUUUAAUCAGAACUGAGAAAAAUCAGUAUUAUUUUUUUAUGAACUUUUUUAUUUGUAAGGUUCGAAUUUUUUUCUAGAUUUUUCGCGCUUUAUUUGAUCUCAAAACUACGAGCCAAAGCUUCAGUUUAUGAUGGAAAAAGAAAAAAAAAGAAAAUUUUUGUAGGAAGCCGCCGCCGAGAAGUACUCGCAGGCCAAGGCGAUGAUCAACGAGACGACCGAUUCGGCGGUCAAAAAAGCCCAGGAACUUCAGGUAUACAUUCAAUUUUGUUGAGCGAUUUUUGAGGACUUUAGAAAUAGCUAUCUGUUAAAUCUCUUUGGGGAAAAUUUUUUUUUAUGAAAUUUCAUGAAAACUGAAAAAUUUCCACAGAAAAUUCAAUUUUUUCAUGUCCUUGAAUAUUUUUAAAAAAAUCGCCAGAUCUUGACCCAUUUUCAAGCGUUUCAAGUGAGGGAAAUACAUGAAAAAGACGGUAAUUUCAAUAUUAAUAAUGGGAUAGUUUUUGAGCUCAAGUUGAUUAGUUUCAUUUUUUUAGCCUGGAUCAAGAAAUAUUAUUAAAAAAACUAUUAUAGAAAUCUGUAAAGAUUCAGAGAAGUCAAAGAUGGAAAAGAAAAAAAUAAUUUUUUUAAAUUAAGGCCAUUUUUUUAUAUUGUAGUUAGAGCUAGUCAGAAAGAAUCGAGUUGACGAAAAUACGGGAUUUUCCAAACUUUUUAUCACAAUUUUGAGGCAGUUCAGUGAACAUUCUAAUUAUUUUUUGAAGGAUAUACUCGGAAAAAAUCAAGUAAUCUGAGGUUCCAUGGGGAACACUAUCGAAAAAAAAGAAGGUCUAGAUUUGUUUAUUUUUCAAAUUUUCAUAAGGUACACUUAAAUAAGCUUUCAUGUAAAUACUAACUUUCUAAUAAGACACAUUUUGGUUAGAAAAAAAAAUAACUUGCAGCACAACCUCGGCACUAGCACACACGAUAUUAACACAUCACAUGGGGUGCCUUUUUUUCUUGUUCUAAUUAUUUUGAUUUUGUCGUAAUUUUUUAUUUUUGGAACAUCUUGGAGCUUUCUUCCAGCGUGUUGUCGAGAUUGAGAGGCUUUUAGAGUGGCUUUUUAUUGAUUUAUUGAUUUUUCAAUUUUUCGAAAGACGAGGAGUUUGUGUGGUGCGGUUUUAACUAGGAUAGAAAAAUAAUUUUUUUUUUUUUUUGAAAAUAUUCGAUAAUUUGAAAUUAUUUUGAGGGAGGAUUGGCCAUUUUUUUCUUUUUGAGGUCUGAAAUUUUUUUCAGUCAUUCGAAAGACAUUGAAACGCAUUUAGAGUAGUUAGAGUUUCUUGAAAAAAUUCUCUUGCAAGAACAGAAAGCUGUAGAAAUCUAGUUUGAAUGAAAAAAGUUAUUUGCUAGGGAAAAAAACUCGAAAAAAGGACUUUUUUGGUUGAUUUAUACUAAAUUUUGCAAAAAAUACGGAAGGAAAUUCGAAAAAUACAAUAUAAACCAUAAUAAAUAGACUGCGAACCUCCUUGACACCACAAAUUUUCUGCCGAAAAUCAGAAAUUGCUCCCUUUUGUGGAGGGAACCGCGCCAUGCUCAUUUGUUUGUUCUUGCGAUUUGUUGGGCGUGUAACGGUUUUAUUGAGUUUAUUGGUGUCCCUUUGGGGUCGUGACGAUUUUUCCGUGUCGUACUGCUGAGUAUUCCUGGACUCUUUUAACAAUUAUCGUGGAACCCGGUCUUCAAAGUGGUAGUGGUGGUGAUUGGCAGAAGUCGAUGGAGGAAAUCGCGGGCGCGAUGGUCAGCGACGCGAAGCACGCGCUGAACGAACGCGCCGCCGCGUUGCACGAGAAGAAACGCGAGUUCUUCUACGCGACGCCCGAGUCGCAGCCGCCGCCGCAGCCAGUCGUCCUGCCCGUCAUGGAGAACGUCGUCGCCGUCGACGCGACUGAGGUGAGCGCUGCCUCCGCGAAUGAUUGCCUGCGAACUCUCUGUUCCUCGGAAUGCUGGAUUGGACUUGGUUGGCAGAGAAUCUCUUGGUUUUUGGAAAUGAUUUUCCUAACAAGGGGUCAUUUUACUUGGGAUUUUCCUGAAAAUUGGGAAAGUUGGGACAUUCCUGAAAAUUGGCCAGAACGCUCCUUGAAAAUCCAGAAGACGAUUCCGAAAGUUUCCACCCGCUAAAAGUCCUCGUUUUCGAGAAACGGAACUUUGAAAUUCCAUUGAAACAGGCUGUUUAGGCUCUUGUUUCUCGAAAAUCAGAACGUUUUGCCGGUUGAGAGUUUAAGGAUCUUCAUCCAGGACAUCAAGAAGUGUUCUGGCCAUUUUUCAGGAAUUCCUUAACCAAAAAUUAAAAUGACCUUCCUCAAUUUUUCGAUUAGGAUAGCUUUUGAUUUUUUUCACACGUUUUUUUCAGAGGAGAUUUUUUUAUAAGUUCAACUUUAAUCGAAUUAGUAAAAUGAAAGCCUAUUAGGCCUUAAAAUUUUUCAUUUUUUUGGUUCAUUAGAGAGCAUUUUUUUAAGUUGGAAAGGCUAGACUUUCAGUUAGUUUUUUUAGAUUCAAGGAAGAAUUGGAAAGAUCUUUUUUUCUCGAUGGGUUUUUUUGAGAAGUUCUUAUUUUUUUGAUUUUUCUUAAAAAAAAUUUUUUUCAACAGACAAGUUCACUUUUUUUAAUGCAAAUUUUUCCUUUUUCCUAUCUCAACCACUUAGAAAUUCAAGAUUUGCUCAAGACACGGCGCACUAACCGCAUGUCGGAAACGCUUUUGGUAUUGCAUCCAGAAACUAACUUUUCUUUUUUUUAAGGUCUUUAAUGAAAGUGAAAGGUUAUUAAAAAGCGUUCAGAAAUGGCUCAAAAGUUGAAUCAUGGUUCGUAGGAAGGUCUGCUAGUUUCAAAAUGGUCUUGUUUUUUGAAAAAAAGGGAUCAGGGAAUCGAAAUUUGAAAAAUCUUGAGUGUGACAACGUAACUGGGGAUAUGGAUAGGCGGCAUAUUUUUCAUAAAUUUUCCAAAAAUUGAAUUAAUUUCGGUCUGAAACGAAAAAAAAAUACAGUUCUCCGGUAUGAUAUUCCUCUGGGUUCAUAAUAACGUAAUUUUCAAGCUUCGAUUUUGUUUUGGAUAUAAGGUGGAUUGGUUUGACUAACAUUCAUAACUUUAACCUUUUCUCAACGUUAUAGUCCGUCCACCGUGACUCGACAGUUUUCGCGUGUCUGCGUCUCUCUGUUCCCUCACCGGCGAGGCCACAGAAACGAGAAAAUAGCGUGUCAACAAAAAAGGGCCGUCGAGAGACGAGGAGGGCGCAGAGAAGUCGCGAAAAACGGACUCUUAUUAGAUGUUUCCUACUAAGAAUUUAAAUAAAAAAACCUCGGGAAUCUUUUUUUUCAACUUAACCGAGCAUUCUAAAAUCCUGAUUUUCACUUGAAAAAAUAGGAUUUUUAGAACGAAUUUUAACACCCAUAACAUCUCCCUAACGUUAACUUUUCCUACUAAAGAUUAAAAAAUGGUUGUCCUGCACAGUACGCCUCGCGGCUGGCCGAAGAUCUGACGUCAUCGGCUGUGACCGAAGCGGCGACAACGACGAUGACGUCAGUGACUUCAGUGACGUCACCUCCAUCUACCAACCCCUUGCACAGCCUUUACGAGGUGAUAAUCCCCCGAAAAAUGCCGAACUCCUACGCUUCUCCUUCUUCUUCUUCUUUUUGUCUUUUUUUCAAUUUUUGGUUUUUCUUUGUCUUCAUUUCGUUUUGCUUUCACACCAUUCUCACACUAACACGUGGUUCGAAAAAAAAAAUCGGCUUGAAAAAAAUUUUUUUUGUCUAUAAAAAUAUGGGUAGGGAUUAGAAAUUUAGGGACUGUUGGACCUUUUUUCAAAUUAGUGAGGUUUUUGAAGCUUUUAAUAGAACCUCAUCUCUAAGAAAAUGUAACUGAAUGACGGAAAAAGGAAUUGAUUUCAAACGAUUUUGAUCUUAAGUUGAUUUUAAACGAUUCUGAGAGGAAAAUAAGUGAAUUUAAUAGUUCGUUCUUAGUUUUUCCAGCUUUUUCAUCAAUUUUCGACCCUUCUAAAUAUAAAAAGGGGACUUUUUGAAGUUAUAACAGUAAGAAAAGCAUAGAACAACAUUUAUAACUUUUUUUAAUCAUUAAUUUUUUCAUCUGGGCAGUUUUUUUUUAUUCAAAUUCUCUUUCAUUUUUUGUUCAAAAGCACACUUUUUCAAUUUUCUCAAAGGAAUGAAGUCCAAGUAACAAUUUUUUUUCUUCCUUCUGGCCUGAGCGUUCCAUCCCCUCACUAACAACUCAUCCAACUCGGUUGUCGAAUUUUCAAGAUUUUUGUCGUUAAUUUGAAUUGGUUUAGGUCCUUAUAUCUUCAGUUUCGAAUAGAGUUUCAUUAGAUUUUUAUUUAGAAAUUUUUCGGGUUGGAAUUUCAGAUAUUAUGAAAAAAAUUGAUGAAUUUUUGCAGUCUCAUCCGGUAUCGACGACCGAUGCCGCCAUUGCUGCCGCCGCUGAAAAUGCUGCCGCGAAAGUCGAGGAGGUACGAAAAGUGUUCAAAAAAAUACUCUGGAGGUGA